GGCGGUGCACGUGGUAUACUUGAACAGAGGGGUGGUGAUGGAGGUGGUAUACUUGGACAGGGGUGGCAAUGGACGUAGUAUACUUGGACAGAGGGGUGGCGGUGGACGUGGUAUACUUGGACAGAGGGGUGGCUGUGGACGUGGUAUACUUGGACAGAGGGGUGGCUGUGGACGUGGUAUACUUGGACAGAGGGGUGGCUGUGGACGUGGUAUAGUUGGACAGAGGGGUGGCGGUGGACAUGGUAUACUUGGACAGAGGGGUGGCAGUGGACGUGGUAUACUUGGACAGAGGGGUGGCGGUGGACGUGGUAUACUUGGACAGAGGGGUGGCGGGAUAUGAUCUCCAUGUAUAAUACAUAAGGGGGGAUAUGAUCUCCAUGUAUACAUGUAUAAUACAUAGGGGAUAUGAUCUUCAUGUAUAAUACAGAAGGGGGGAUAUGACAACCAUGUAUAAUACAUAAGGGGGAUAUGAGCACAUGUAUAAUACAUAAGGG